AAUAUUUUUCUGAAUGGUGUGACAUAAGAAUUAAACACCAACCAAAACACAGCAUUUUCUUUGUGUGUGAAAAUGGCCAAAAAUCAGGCGAAAAUCUUAAUUAUCGGUGCGGGCGCGUCUGGUAUUGCGGCAGCCACGAAACUAUACCAAAACGGAUUUAAGAAUUUGGUAAUUUUGGAAGCCGAAAACCGAAUUGGUGGAAGAGUGUGCUCCGUAGAGUUUGGAAGCAGUUUUGUGGAUCUUGGAGCAACAUGGGUUCAUGGAGAAAAAGGCAAUAUAGUGUACGAAAUGGUAAAAGAUCUGAACUUGGUGUACCCGUGCCAGCUUCCUCCAGGACCAGGAAUGUCAUUUUUUCAUAUAGACGGUUCCCAAGCAGACAAACAAUUAAGUGACCGAUUAUUCGAGAUUGCGAUGGCAAUAAAAGACGAUCAAGAACAAUCUAAGAAACACGGUGGCAAUUUUGCAGAAUAUUUCCAUGCUGAAUAUAAGGAACGCAUACAAAAGGAAUUUGGACCAAUUCCUGAACCCAAAAUUAUACAACUAGCAACCCUCGUAAAAAACUGGUUUAAAAAGUUUAUGGUUUUACUAAAUUCAGCUGAAAACUGGAGUCAACUGUCUACAACCAGUCAUUACGCAUUUAAAGGCUAUGAAGGUGACCAAUUAAUUAGUUGGGGCAGUAAAGGAUAUAAAACUAUAUUGGAUGUUAUGCUGCAAAAAAUACCUGAUCCAUCUCAAACGCUUCCUAUCGAAGAAAUGAUAGAACUAAACAAGGAAGUUAAUAAGAUCAUAUGGAAUAAGGAGGAAGUUACCGUAAAAUGUACUGACGGGUCGGUGUAUAGUGCCGACCAUAUGAUUAUGACUGUUUCCGUAGGCGUACUAAAGGAAAUGCAUAAGAAGGCUUUUGUACCAGGGCUACCAGAACAAAAGGUGAAUUCGAUUGAAGGUAUUCCAUUAGGUACAGUUAACAAAAUUUUGUUACAAUUCCCACAUAAGUGGUGGCCGGAUGAUGUCAAGGACAUAAGCUUUCUGUGGUCUGAAGAUGAAAGGGAUGAAUUGAUCAAAGAGUUUCCACAUGGUCCGAUAGUGAAUGGAAGGUCAUGGUUGGAAAACUUAUUUAGUUUUAUAGCAAUAGAUAGCCAUCCUACUGUGCUUUUAGGGUGGGUCAAUGGUCCCACAGCUAAGUUAGUAGAAUUAUUACCCGAUGACGUGAUUAUAGAAGGCACGAUGUACAUGCUGCGUAAAUUUGCCGGAAAGCAAUAUGAUAUUCCGGAACCAAACGGAAUUCUACGGUCUAAAUGGGGUAGUAAUCCACAUUUUCGUGGCUCAUACGUACACGUAAAUAGUGAAAUGGAACGACGAAAGGCAAACGCUUACGAUCUAUCUACUCCCUUGAUGGGAGAGAAUAAGGACCGGCCUCUUAUUUUGUUUGCGGGAGAAGCCACGCAUUCAUGCAGAUUUUCUACCGUGGAUGGUGCCAUUGAGACUGGAUACAGAGAAGCAAACAGGAUAAUCAGUUUUUAUUCCCAAUAAAUUGCUUUUAUAAAGUUUAAUUUGAUUUUAUUUGAUAUUUUGUAAAUAAAUUAUGCCUUUGUAAGGAAACUUGCUAUACAGGCUUAAUUAGUUAA